UACUUCCUCAAACACGUACCCCACCGUACACUGCCACGUGUCGACGCCCCUGCCUUCUUCUCAUUGGCUCAUACCUUCCAUUAAAACUAACCUCCACCUUCUUCCGAUUCUACGCCCUUCUCCAGAUCUUCAUUUUGUGCCAUUUUCAAUUUUAGGGUUUCGAAUUUGGGGAUUUCUUUUUCUUUUUGAGAAAAAUAGAUUUAGAGGGUUUGUAAUAUGAUUCGGACUAUUAAUCCUUGCGCCGCCGCCAAGACGGCGGAGAUCAUGUCCAGGUACCGUCCGAUUGCGCCCAAGCCGGAGGUGGCCUCGCAGGAAAAUGACGGUUCUGCCCUCCCCGACGGGAUUAAGAAGUCGCCGUAUUUGAGGAAUGUUUGGGCUAAUAUGCAGGCGCGGCCGACGAGGACGAGGAAGCGGGGAAGGACGGCGGCGUUUGCAGCGCCGCCGCCGCCGGUGAGGCGGACGAGGGCAUGCUUGCAGGGGCUGGCGCCGCCUUACCAGAUUGGGGAUUCUCCGGCGAGGAAUUUGGCUAUGCAUGGGUUCAAUCGUCCCGCCGGAGUUCAGCCGGAGAUUCCGAUUUACCGGAAUCUGAUUCCGCUCAAGUGCGGCCUCGACACGGCGGUGACGACGCUGUCGGAGUCGGUGUCGCUGCCGGUGAUCUGUCCGGCGCCGCCGCGGACUCCGCGGUCGGGAUCUGGGAAGGAAAUUUCAAUUGAUCUGAACACGACGGCGGCGGCGGCGCCUGCCGCCGCCCAGUCGCCGGAGGAACUUGACUUCAUGGCUCAGCUCUACGAGCCGGUUAAACCGGCGGUCAUUUCGCCGAAACCGGUCCGGCCGGUCGGGUCGAGCAUAACUGUGAUGAGUAUCCACGACGACACGGGCGUGAACACGGCCGUGUCGGCGGAGGACGUGGAGGCGCUGGUGGAGGCGGAGGAGGCGCCGGUGAUCAUCUCCGAUUCUCGCAACAAAGUCAGGCUUACAAAUUCAGCUUUCAAGGAGAUGGUGGGGCAGCCGGAGUGUCCUUGGCUUGACUGCGCCGGCGGCGGCACCGGCGGAAGAAGCCGGAGAAUCGGCGGGGAGGUGGUUCUGCAAUUUUCCGGUUCGGAACCCCGGUUGGAGACGCGGACCGGGUUCAGAUGCAGAGUGAAGAUCGAGUGGGAAACCGACGGUGAGAAGAAAAGCUUGGAUAGUAUUUGCAGGUGCGUGCGAUGCACGUGCCGUCAGGGGAAGGAUUACCAGUUCUUGUGGAGGAUUCACGACGAAGAUGAAGUUCCAACCCUCGAAAUAUGAUCGAGAUUAUUAAUUAUAAAUAAAUAAUUAAUUAAAUAAAAAAUAAUUUAAAAGACCAAAAAAAUUGUGUAUAUGUGAUUAACGUGUAAUCAAUCAAGUAAGAGGCGUUGUUGUUUAAGUAGGUUUUUAAUAAAUAUUUAAAUAUAUAUAUAUAUAAUGAUAAUAAUGACGUUAUGCAUGUAUGUCUGUAUGUGUAUGUGUAUGUAUUAUGUAUAGAUGGAGGAAUGAGGUCAGGCUAGGUUUGUUUGAAAUUUUGGGAUGUGUCUGAGGGUAAUGUUGUCCUUUUGUAUUCCGGUAAUUUGUAAGGAAAGGUGUUUAUUAUUUGUACUAUUCUCUUAAUUAUAGUUCUA